GGCAGUUACUAAACAACAUGGACAACCUUUGGUAACUUCGCGAAAAACCCAAAAAUACGUUUUCAUUAACUGUUCUAAUAUAAAAACGUAAUAGCCUGAAAAAAGAUAAUGGCGGACGGCACAGAAAUAGAAGAUAUGACUUCGCAAGAUGGAGAUGAAAGCGGUGGCAUCGACGAGUCAGAAAUGGCGUUAACAGGAAUGAAUAUGCUGUUGAAUAGCGGUUAUGACGAAGCCCGUGCCCUCUUCGAUAAAUACAAAAAUGAAAGUCCGUUAAUGCAAGCUGGCUACAGUUUUGUCUAUUUCAUGCAAGCAUUGAUGUCCUUUGAAGAUGAGAGGUUGGCAGAGGCUCUCAAGAUAUUGCAAGAAACAGAGAAAAAAUGUGAAGUAGGAGACAGCUUUAUGAAAAAUAUGAAGAAAAAACUCUCUAAGAAGAAAAAAUCGAAUGUUGCUAGUAUUAGUCUAGAAGAUAAACUACAGCGACAGAUUAUCGUGGCCGACUGUCUACUUUAUCAAUCAAUCUUAACCUUCACGAAUCAAGAUAUACCAAGUUACGUCAAGGGUGGGUGGUAUCUACGUAAAGCCUGGAAAAUAUACGAAAAACUACAUCGUGAGAUUAACCAAAUACGGAACCGUCAAAUCCAAGCUAAAAUUAACAAGAUGCAGGCCAGUCUUCAAUCAACAACAAUUAACGGAAAUUCUAACUCAUCAUCGGAAGACGCUGACAGUGGCAUAGACGGGAACUCGAAUGAACUAAGUGAACAAUUGGUUGGUCGGUUAUUAGGUGCCGUUAAUUUCGGUUAUGGAACAUUCCAGUUGUGUAUCUCCAUCAUGCCGCCAAAGAUAUUAAAAUUGAUUGAGUUUUUAGGAUUUGAAGGUGAUCGAGAAGCUGGGCUUGUUGCGUUGGAUUAUACAAGUCAUUCAGAAGAUAUGAAAGCACCUUUAGCCACGUUGGGAUUAUUGUGGUAUCAUACUGUUUUACGACCGUUUUUCGCUAUAGAUGGUGCUAAUGGUUUCAGUGCUGGAACAUCUGAUGCAGAAGCUAUCAUAUCACAGAAAGAAAAAGAUUUCCCAAAUUCGUCUCUGUUUUUAUUUUUCCGUGGACGGAUUCACAGAUUACGGAAAGAAACAGAUUUAUCUGUUGCUAUGUAUCAACGAGCGUUUGAUGAAGCUAAAGGACAGAGAGAGAUUGAACUCAUGUGUUUAUAUGAAAUAAGUUGGUGUAAUUUGAUGAGAUUAAAAUGGAAAGAUUGUUUAGACGGAUUUGAAAGAUUGUCUAAAGAAUCAAAAUGGUCUAAAGCCUAUUAUUCAUAUCUUAGAGGAAUUUGCACAGGAGCAAUGGGAGAAGUACAGGAGGCGUUUGAUAUUUUAAAAGAAGUCCCUGGUCAAGUUAAAAAGAAAAAUAACCAAAUAGAAGCCUUCGUGUUCAGACGAGGUGAGAAGUUGAAGAAGACACCACCAACUCAAGAAUACUGCCGUCUACUGGCUCUAGAAUUGAUAUUUUUAUGGCAUGCGAUACCAACGUGUACAGAGGAAGAAUUAAAACCCAUGUUAGAUGUAUGUGAUAUGCAGACAGAUAAGAAAUCACUACACCUGAAGUCACUGGUAGAGGGUGCGAUAUAUAAAGAAUUAGGUCAACAAGAAAUGGCUAUACAGUGUUUUGAUGAGACUAUAGCUAGACAUCAAGGUUUAAAGGAAGAUUACCAUAUACCAGCGUUCGCCAUGUUUGAACUAGCAACAAUAUACAUGUUACAACCACAGACUGAAGCUAAAGCUAAACAACUUUUACUACAGAUCAAGGAAUACAAAGAAUAUGAUUUUGAGAAUCGUCUGAGUGUUCGAGUCAACAAUUCCCUACGUCGACUCAAAAAUACAGAAUCCUCCCGAUCUAAAGGUGCCUCCAAGAGUUAACUCCCUUAUUAUAUUGGGUCUCAGAGUUAACUCCCUUGCGUAAUUCUGAGUCUCAAAGUUAAAAUUGUGCCAGUAGAGUAUGAAAGACUUCAACAGACUGCUGUAUUUAUCAUAUUUAUUUAAGUAUUGUUUUUAAUUUCUAUUUAAAUAAUUUGCUCAACUGAGAUUCUUUUUAGCUAACAGUCAUUGGUUGAUUCCUGCUAAUUAGCAUAUUAAUUAGUGAUACAGGCUAUAUCAUUGGUUGAUUCUUGCUAAUUAGCAUAUUAAUUAGUAAUAUAGACUAUAUCAUUGGUUGAUUUUUACUAAUUAGCAUAUAAAUUAGCAUAAAGGCUAUGAAUGAGUUAUCUUGUGAUGUCAUUUUUAUAUGUCUUGCUGUUGUUUCGGUCUGUCCAGGGAUAUACCAAUAUCAACUAUAUAAUAAUUCUCUAAUUUUCUUCAACAAAAAGCCAGGGUGGUUAAUAUUUAGGCCUAUGUAGGCCUAUAAAAAGCCAAUGGUUUAAUAGUAUUGUGGUGCCAUUAGUCAAUGACUGAUGAUAGAACACAGAAAUUAUAUUUAUUUUAUAAUCAAGUAAAAUAGCAGUCAAAAAAAUUCAACUUCAAACAUUUUAAUCGCCUGUCCAACCUCGUGGGUUUUCUUCGGGUCCUCAGGUUUGCUCCCACUGCUAAAGACCCCUACAUGCAAGCGAAUAACUCUUCUUGUUAUUUAAGCAGGCGGUGUCAGACCACAAUUAAAAAUCGUGUCAACAAAAUAUUCAUAUUUGUAUGUAAUAAAUACUUUUUAUAAAAAUAUAUUGACAGACAUAAUUAGCAUUUUUACAAUUCUAUAACAAAAUCUGCCAUGGUUAUUAUGUCAGGGAUGAUAUGCGCCACAUCUAAAUUCUCAAUUCACCAAGUUUGGCGCAUGACUGUUUUUGUUUAUAUUUCACAGGAGAGCCAAAAUAAGCUCCCCUCAAUCAACGAAUUGAAAAAAUCGCUCCCCUCAUAAAACUCUCCCAGUUUUGAUAAGAGUGAUUUAGAAAUUAAGAAAAGUGAUUAAAUAUGUGCAUGGGAAAUGGUUCUAAGAUCAAUAACUGCAUGUAAUGGGAUCAUUCCUGGUUUCAUGCCAAUGACUCUGUAAAGGAAAGCGAUUUUCAGUUUUAAGGGGAGGGAAAAAAACUCCUCUCGGUCGACAUUCAGGUGAGUGGCAGGCGAUUGAGAGCGAUUGCUUGCCUUAAAAAACAAUGACUGAUGCCCCAUAGGUAGACCAUCCCUGCUGUACAGUUUGAAUUUCUUAUAAUGUGUGAAAUGGUGAAGAUUUUGAUGUAAUAAGUUUUAGAUUUUGUGAAAAUAAUUUAUAAUAGGGUAUAUUUCGUUUGUUGUUGUAAAUAUUAAAUAUAUUGAGAGUGUGGAACAAAUAGAUUAAGGUCUCAUCAAAAACUGGAACAAAGCUUGCCAUUAGAAACAUAUAUUUUUGGAGGUGGGGCAAAAUGAAUAUUUUUAAAAUGUAGAAUAAAAUUGUCAUUCUGUUCAUAAAAUUUACUCUUAGGCCAGACUCAAAUCUUCGGAACUAGAUUUCAGAUUGGGCUGGCCUCAUGAGCAUUCAUUGAAAUCCAUUUCAUUUCUAAAUUAAAAUUAUUUUUUUUGAUGAAUAUUGUAGUGGUGGUUGAAGUGAUUGAGAAUUAGUGUCCCAAAAAAUGUGAAAUCUCUCUCUCUCUCCCUCUUACUCAAAUAUAUUUAUACAGUGGACUCUGUCACAUCCGAUGUCUGAUCACUCCGGAUUGCUGUGACAUCCGACAUGAUUUUCAUGUCCCGAUUUAUUUCCUUAUUACUUCAGCCAAAAAAUCGCUAGUAAAUCCAGAUUCUGUAUGUUCCGAAUUACGACAUCAAUCAGCUGUCCCGUCACAUAAUUUCCAUUGAAUCGACACCGUAUAAUCCGUACUUCAAACGGUGGGUGUGAAGCAUCCAAUUAUCAGUGAGAUUAAAACUCAAUGGGUGUGAAGCCAGAAAAGAUUAACAAGCAAUCACCAAUCAAUUAUCGGGGAGAUUAAAACUCGCAAGUGCCGGUCUGUGUUGAUUACUUUGAUAACGUUAUAAAUUCUUUGUUGAUUAUUUUACAAUUUAUAAUCUCUUGUAAGAGUGCGCUUGGUAUUUGAUUUUAGUUACUCAUGUCAAAUACCUCAACAUUAUAUAAAAAUUGCAGCGAUUGAAGAAUCAUUAUACAUUAUUGUAUUCAAAAUGUCUGAACGUCCUGCAAAGCGUGCCUGAACAGAUUUGACAUUAGAUGUAAAGCGGCAACUUAUAGUAUUCAAUUGGCCGAGCUACAGUGUCAGACAUAUUAAAGCGUAAAGAUGAAUUUAAACAGAAGUUUGCCGAUAAUUUAAACUGCAGUAAGAACCGAUUUUACACCAACUCAAAAUUUGAAGACAUCAACACAACCACACAUGAGUGGUUUGUACGCACCAGAAGUAAAAACAUUCCAAUAUCAGGUUUUCGAAGUUACAGUAUUUCCGGUUUUGGAGAAAGCUCGGUAUUCCGACACGCUGUGUGAAUCGAAAUAUUGUAACGAUCCCGUACGAUGUCGGAUGUGACAGAGUCCACUGUAUAUCUCUUUAAAACUUUAAUAUAAAGGUCUAAAAACAUAUAUCAAUUUCUAUAAAAGUGACUUAAGGCUGUGAAUUUAACCAGAUGAGAAAUUUUCUUGUCCCUUAAUGUACAUGGGUGACUGAGUGGUUUAACACAUGCACAUUAGAUUAUAAGGUCUGGCAUUGAGUCAAGUGGCUUGGUUCUGAUUCCGUGCGCAAUGUAAAGACCCCAACAAGCAAGUAAAUUAUUGAAAUGAAAUUGAACCAUGUGUUAGUCCCGAAAUGACCUAGUUUGUGUUGAGGGGACGUUAAACCUCUUAACUCUUAUCAAAAGAAAUCUUACAUUGUACCCCUAAAAAAUUAUUUGAAUCUUAAGAGAUGAUGCCCACAUUUGUGUAAACAAAAUGGUCUUAAUCCAAAAAAUGGCCUCAAAAUUUGUCAAAAUAGACAUAACUAUGUGUAGAUAAUAAUUAUAAAAAAAAAACUGGGGCUCCCCUUUUAGCUUGUAUUAAAGAUACCUUAUGUAAGAUUUAGAUAAAGAGCUGACAAUUCUUGCUAUAAUAACUCAAAAAUAGCUAAUGUAAAAUGAAUAAUUUGAAAAUUUCAUUCAAAUUACUUCAUUCUGAGCCAAGUUAUCACUGUUUGUAGUUUUGACAAGAUGUGUGCAUUGUGGUAAUCAGGUCACUGUUCUAUUCGAGACUUCCCAUUUUUAAAUUGAAUUUUUAAAUGGCAAACCGUUCUAAUCUAGUUAAAAUCACAAGUAUCCGAAGCCAUCAAGAGUUGAUUAUGGUCUUGUAUUGUUAAUAAAUACCUAAUUAAUAAUCUUUACAACAUUUAAAGUCUAAAGAAAGACAUGCAAUAGGCAGAUAUAACUCUUGCAUAAUGUAUCUUUAAAUUGGGCUCUGAUUUUGUAUCUUUUUGUCAGUCAUUAACCGACUGAUAUUAACAACAGAUUGCAGGGACCCUACAAUAUAACAACAUUUAUAUUUUCAUAAAAUUUCCUCAUUUCUCAUAAAAUUAUCAUUAAAUGGACAAAUAUCAUAAAAGAUAUAAAAUUUCACAAUUUCUCAUAAAAUGUGACAAACAUUUUUUCAAAAUAUAAAAUUAACCCUAAAUCGCUACUCAUAAUAAUAAAUUUCUAUACUAACAAACCCGGAUGUGAAUAAGAAAAUUAUCCAGGUAUUUUAUGACCCCCAGCUUGCUGCUCUUUCAUUUUCUGUUUGACAGUGUUCAGUCAUUGUUAUGUGGAUAUUUGAACAUAGGAGAAGAUUACUGCAACCAUUAAUACCACCAGUACUACUGGUGGGACGUUCUUAUCCGCAUAACACUGGUUGAACACUACUUCAUGGACCAUAGAUAAGUUAUUUACUGUCAGUGCAGUUAUAUAAAAGAAAACUCAUAAUAUUUGAUAAAAACAUAAAAAGUCAUGAAAUGUUGUUAAAAACAUUUUAAAAAUAUUAUAAAAUUUGAUUAAAAAAAAACAAAACUCAUAAAAUAAUCAUAAAAUUUGAUUGAAACAAAUCAUAAAAAUCCAUGUAAAGCUUUCAUAAGAAUAUAGAUUUUUUUCAUGUAUGGUCCCUGUGAUUUAUCAAUUAGAGCUCUGGAGCCUUAUGCACACAAUUUUAAACUAAAAUAUUAGACGAAUACAGAACUUUCAUUGGCCAAGAGCUCAAAAUGAAAUGAAAUAGGGUUUAACAUCCUACUGUUCUGCUCCGACUGGGCUAAUGAAGAUGGGACUAUGCCAUACAGUGUGCUAGGAGGGAAAUUUUGCCCGGACAAGGGUUCUAUUACAUGCACACCAAUGUGUACAUGGUGCCAUCUGAACGACUAUACGUGUCCCUUGUCAGGCCCUCCAUCCUACACCAGGUUAGCGAGCCAGCAUCCUACUCACUGACCCACAGCAACUCCCUAACCAAUAAAAUAACUGCAUCUGUAAAAUAUUUUAGUUUCAGUUUUUGUGAAUAAGACCCCUGGGCCCUGUUUCUCGAAGGCUUAACUAAAGAUAAAAUCCAAAUUUUAGUAGAUACUUCAAUUUUGAUUGGCUAAGCACUAAAAUCAGUCUAAUAUUAUCCAAUCAAAUUACUAAAAUUUGGAUUUUUAUCUUAGUUAAAAGAGCUAAAUCUGUCUAUUGCAGGUUUUUCUUUAGGCCUGAAAUGUUUUCUAAAGUAUUAAUUAGACAUUAAUUAACUGAUCCAGGCCUUAAUCAACUCUCGAUGGCAUCAGAUUUCUCCGAUAUUAAAUAGAUUAGAAUGGUUCAGCGAUACUUUGAUUUAAUCAAAUAUGGAGGACCGAGACUUAGCUUCGAUCAACCAGUAUGUCGGUUGAAAUAUUGCACACGUCAGCCAAACCUUCAAAGGCUAACAUCUUCGCUUGCAAUAGAGUAAUUUGAAUGAAAUUUUCAAAUUAUUCAUUUUACAUUAUCUACUUUCGAACUAUUAUAGCAAGAAUGGCUUGCUCUUUAUCUAAAUCUUACAUAAUGUAUCUUUAAAUGAGAUAUUAGAUUGUAUUUAUUAAAGGAUGUAAAUGUGUAUUAUUAUUAUCAUGUUAAACCAAUCUGAUUAAAAACACAGAUCCUAUUUCGUUUCGUUUUUUAUAGUUCAAAAUUUCGUUUAACUUGUCUUUACUCCACUAGGAUCUGGAAAAGUUGUUAUAUUACCGGUGUUUUGGUUGAACUGAGGGAUUAGCCAAUAAAAGGGUCUGUUACGGCGACUCCUUGGCGUGCCAUGCACAAAAUUUUGAGUAAACCACUAGUUUAAAACGUCAGUGCUGAUUGACGUCACAGGGUCGAAAGCCGCUCGUACGACCCCUUACUCGACCUUCCAGUACAACUUGUCAGAUCUUCAUGUAGUGUAGGCCAUCGAAAAUAUAAAAAAAACGAAACGAAAUAUAGAUCUGUAUUUUAAUCCGAUUGCCUGUUAAAUAUUUUAAUUCUUGAUCUGUUUAGUGAGGGAUUAUUAUUGUUAUUACAAUCAUGUUACCAUGGCUAUUCACAAUGGCCGUCCUCGCUGAAUGAAUUCCCACCAGGUGUCGCUAGUAAAAACUCGGUUCCACAUGACCUUAUUGAUGGUUAGAGAACUGCGUUUCGACAUAUCGGGAUUAAAUUUCAUAUUAACAACAAAAACUAACGUUUGUCAACACAUCAGUUCGUAAUGAAUGUACAGGAAAACAAUGAGGUCACGUGGGACCGCCUCCUCUAUGGUGUCACGGCUAAAUUUAUUUGUUAAGGCCAGCUCAAUUUUUGUCAAGGUCCUUGAGAUGUAAAUAAGAUUAGGGCACAUGAUUGUAGGUGAGGUUGUAGGUUAGGGUCAGGGUAAGCAUUGCAGCUAGGUGCAGUGUUAGGGUUGGGAUUAGCGCUAUGACGAAAAAUUAAGCUGACCUUAUUAUUUAGCACUAACCAUGUUUUAUUCAGGUUUGGAAAUGAAAUGAAAUGAAAUUCAACGUCCUACUGUUCUGUCCCAACUGGGAUAAUGAAGACGGGCAUACACCAUACAGUGUGCUAUGAGGGAAAUGUGCCCAGACAACAGCACUACGGCCUACUGUUAUAUCGAAUAAAAGCAGAAUACAACCCAGUACUAGCUAUACCUUGACUAUGUGAAGGUGAUAUAAAUAGUUCUGAUAAUUGAUACACGAGACAUAAUUUACUUAUUCAGCCGGGUUUUUUGUUUGGGUGGUGUGGGGGGUGGGGGGGUUGUUGGCCAAAUGGUCUAACACAUGGGCUUUUAGAUCAUAAGGUCUGUCAUUGAGUCAAGUAACGUGAUUUUGAUCCCACACUUGUAGGUGACAAAGGUUGCCUGUCUAACCUCAUGGGUUUUCCCCGGGUACUCCCGUUUCCUCCCACUGCUGAAGACCUACGUGUAAGCGAAUUAUUGAAAUAAAAUUAAACCGGGUUAGUCCCAAAACGACCUAGUUUGUGUCAAGUGGACGUUAAACCCCAUUGCUCUCUCUUUUUUCUAGGUCCUCCCACAGCUAAAGAUCACCAUGAGAGACAAGAGAAUUAUUGAAAUAAAAUUGUGCCAUAUGUUAGUUUUCGAUAUAGGGUUCGCUGCCGCCUUCAUUAGCGCAGUAGGUGCAAAAAAGUAGGAUAUUAAACCCCAUUUAAUUACACAGCUGAAUAAGAAGAAAAAAAUUGUUUACCCGCCAAUGUUUAUAAAACUUUGUUGUUAUUUAAGACAUAAUGAAAACCCAAUCUGAUUAAAACACAGAUCCUAUUUCGUUUCGUUUUUUAUGGUUCAAAAUUUUGUUUUACUUGUCUUUACAACACUUGUGUAUAAAAAAAAAACGAAACUAAAUAUAGAUUCGAUUCGUUUUUUACUUUGUUUUACUUUUCUUUACGACACUUGUGUAUAAAAAAAACGAAACUAGAUAUAGAUUCAUUUCGUUUUUUUAUAGUUCAAAAUUUUGUUUUACUUGUCUUUACGACACUAGUGUAUAAAAACACGAAACUAGAUAUAGAUUCGUUUCGUUUUUUUAUAGUUCAAAAUUUCGUUUUACUUGUCUUUACAACACUUGUGUAUAAAAAAAAAAACGAAACUAAAUAUAGAUUCAUUUCGUUUUUUUAUAGUUCAAAAUUUCGUUUUACUUGUCUUUACAACACUUGUGUAUAAAAAAAAAACGAAACUAAAUAUAGAUUCGUUUCGUUUUUUUAUAGUUCAAAAUUUCGUUUUACUUAUCUUUACAACACUUGUGUAUAAAAAAACCGAAACUAAAUAUAGAUUCGUUUCGUUUUUUAUAGGUCAAAAUUUUGAUUUACUUGUGUAUAAAAAAACGAAACUAAAUAUAGAUUCGUUUCGUUUUUUUAUAGUUCAAAAUUUUGUUUUACUUGUCUUUACAACACUAGUGUAUAAAAAAACGAAACGAAAUAUAGAUGUGUGUUUUAAUGAGAUUGAAUGAAAACCAAAUACUGUGUAUGUAACUAUAAAACCAUAUUGUAUAUUAUAUCAAAAUGACCAAAAUAAAAGGCACACAAUUUU